AUGCGGGCACCUAGCGCCGCACGCCGCGGGGCCCCUGGCACCCUGCUGAGCUUCCGCCCCCGCGAGCGGGGUCCGCCCGCCGCCCGCCCCCCCCGGGCCGGCCGCACUCGCUUUUCCCACGAGCGGCUCAAAUCCAAGAAUCGGGAGAACCGAGACGUACUGCGCGACGAGCGCCGCGCCACCCUCGACGAUGCCGCCAAGAUCAUAUCGGAAAAGACGGCGCUGGAGAAAAACUUAAAGAAGCACUCGUUGUUCAUCAACGCGCUCUCGUGGAAGCGGUUCUCAACUGCGAACAACAACAAGAAGAAACUGGAAUGCAAAAGCAAGAGCGUGACUACAUUCCGAGCUCCGCUGGCAGACAAUGUGCCGCUGGACCGCAACAAGAAUGCACACGUGCCGGGAGGGUACGCGCGAGGUGCACCAGCACCGGUGCCAGCGCCACCCGCGCCCGUCGAUGUGGCUCGCGCAAACGCUCUCAACAACAAUGUAUGUUACGAGAAGGUGCCGCCCAGUGCCGUGGGCCCGGUGGUGGUACCGCGCAAAACGGUAAUCCAAGCCUCUACCUCCGAGUUGCUCAAGUGCCUCGGCAUGUUCCUGCACUCACGCUGUCAUCGCCUACGCGAUUUCCAAGCCGGAGAUGCAGUCAUGUGGUUGCGGACUGUAGACCGAUCACUACUGUUGCAGGGAUGGCAGGAUGUGGCGUUCAUAAAUCCAGCCAACGUGGUGUUCGUCUACAUGCUGGUCCGCGAGCUCGUCGACGGCGAACGGAUAGCGCGUCCACAAGAGCUGCAGGCUGUUGUCCUCACCUGCCUCUACCUCUCCUACUCCUACAUGGGCAACGAGAUCUCCUAUCCGCUCAAACCCUUCCUCGUUGAAGACUCUAAAGAUAAGUUCUGGGAUCGCUGUUUGCUCAUUGUCGACCGUCUUUCCUUUAACAUGCUGAGGAUCAACUCUGAGCCGGGCUUCUUUACUGAAGUGUUCACGGAGCUGAAGGCUUGUGGUGUGGUAGACAGCCCUCCCCCCGCCCCGUCUCACCCCGCGCCCGCGCCUCCUCACGCCCUCACGGCUGCCUGA